CACAACCAAAAAAUCAAACGGCCGACAAGGCACUUACUGAUGAGACACAAGCCCGCACAGUUCAAUCCUAUUAUACAACCAAGAGUCUCACUGCGAACCAUUGUAGGUGAUCCGCUUUCUAUUUUUGCCGCGAUCUUGAGGAUCUGCCGUUCACACACUCAAUCCAAUCUUGCUGUUCUCACGGUUUCUUGACUCAGAACCAGAUAGAUAUGUUUUCAUUGUUGUACGGACUCUGGGAGUAUGCCUUCAGCAAGACAGAGUUUCAUGUCCUUAUCCUGGGGAUUGACAAAGCUGGAAAAACGACAUUAUUAGAAAAGUUGAAGUCACAAUUCUUGAACAUAGAAGCCCUUCCACCUGAUCGCAUUGUUCCAACUGUUGGACUGAAUAUCGGGCGUGUUGAAGUUUCAAAUUCAAAACUUGUAUUUUGGGAUCUCGGAGGGCAGCCUGGUCUUCGCUCAAUCUGGGAGAAGUAUUACGAGGAGGCACAUGCUGUUCUGUUUGUGAUUGAUGCUGCUUGCCCGUCACGUUUUGAAGAUGCUAAAUCUGCACUUGAAAAGGUUCUCCGGCAUGAAGAGCUCCAAGGAGCCCCACUUUUGAUUUUGGCAAACAAGCAGGAUCUGUCCGAAGCUGUUUCAGUGGAAGAACUUGACCGGUAUCUCGAUCUCAAGAAAUUAGAUGAGAGGGUCUACACUUAUCAAGCCGUUUCAGCAUAUGAAGGGACUGGAAUCAAGGAGAGUGUGAACUGGCUUGUGAAUGCUAUGGAGAGAAGUAAGCGAACAGAAAGGCUGAAGCAGCGUGCUGAGUCCACCAGUUUUUGAUAUAUGCUCAAG